AUGGACAGGAGGAAGCCGCGGCUGCUGCUGGCCGGACUCUGGGUCGCUGCCCUGCUGCUGCCGGGCGAAUGCCACCCGCCCCCCGGCCUGCCCGCCCGGGCGCCGGCCCCGCUGGAGGACGCGGAGCAGGAGCAGGGCUACUACCUGCAGCAGCUCUUCGGGUUGUAUGGGGAGAACGGCACCUUGUCCUUCCACGGCCUCACCCGCCUGCUGCAAAGCCUGGGCCUGGGCCACGUGCAGGUGGUGGAGAUGGAGCACGAGGCACUGGGCCAUGGGCAUGUCACCCACCUGGACAUCCUGGAGGUGCAGGACAACAAGCACCGGCACUCGCACUCGGCCCUGGAGCACGCCGGGGUGGAGCCGCCCAGCCUGGGCCCAUGGCUGCAGAGAGAGAACGGCACCUCCAGGCCAGGAUCCCCUGGAAGGAACCAGCCAGAGACCGUCCAGCUGCACCAGGCUGACCCAGUGCCCAGGCCGCGAGCUGCCUCCGGGGGCACCCGCCCACCCUUGGACACAGAAGAGUCCAACGCCACAGGACACCCUGGGAGCAGAAGAGACCCUGUCCAGGACCCCCCCGGACUCCCCCGCCUGACCCUGCUGGAGAGGGUGCUGGCCCUGGACCACUCCAUCGUGGACCAUCUGCACGAGGAUUGUCUCAACGUGACGCAGCUGCUGGUGAACUUUGGGCUGAACACCGGCUCCCAGAUCACACCCGAGCAGUUCACGCUGCUGUGCCCGGCCCUGCUCUACCAGAUCGACAGCCGGGUCUGCAUCCGGCACCAUGACCAGCUGACACCGGAGCCCCAGGGGGGAGCGCUGUGGCCAGUUCUAGGCUGGGGCUUCCUGGCCAUCACACUCAUCAGCCUGCCCUCAGCGCUGGCCCUCCUGCUGGUGCCCUUCCUCGGGCGCGACUUUGGCCGCCUCCUGCUGGCCUUCCUGGUGGCGCUGGCCGUGGGGACGCUGUGCGGGGACGCCCUGCUUCACCUGUGGCCGCAUGCCCAAGGGAGGCGCCAGGAGACCCCGCGGGAGCAGCAAGACUCGGUGCUGAAGGGGCUGUCGGUCCUGGGGGGCAUUUACCUCUUGUUCCUCAUCGAACACCUCCUGGGCACGCUGAGGCACAGACGGCGCCAGGCGCACCACGCCCCGACUCCCUGGACCCGUCCAGCACCACGUCCCGGCUCCCUGGACCCAUCCAGCACCACGUCCCGGCUCCCUGGGCCCAUCCAGCACCAUAUCCUGGCGUCGGGUUCGUCCAGCACCACGUCCCGGCUCCCUGGGCCCAUCCAGCACCAUGUCCUGGUGUCGGGUUCUUCCAGCACGUCCUGGCUCCCUGGGCCCGUCCAGCACCAUGUCCUGGCGUCGGAGCUGCGCCGCGGGACGGAGGCCCGGGAGCCCCUCUCUGGAUGCAGACGGAAGCCGCGGCUCGACCCUGCAGGCGUCGGCUCCUUCCCCAGCGACAGCCCCGGCCGGGGAGAGGAGGGGACGAGGCAACCAGUGCUGAGCGUGGACGGACAGACGGAGGAGCUGAGCCACCACGGACACUCGCAUGGCCCGGGGGCCAGCAGCACUGACAUCGCCUGGAUGGUCAUCCUGGGGGAUGGGAUACACAACCUAACGGACGGGCUGGCCAUCGGGGCUGCGUUUUCCGACGGCGUCUCCAGCGGCUUGAGCACCACGGUAGCCGUCUUCUGCCAUGAACUGCCCCACGAGCUCGGUGACCUGGCCAUGUUGCUGCAGGCUGGUCUGCCAGUCAAGAGGGUGCUUCUCUCCAACCUCACGUCGGCCUUCCUGGCGUAUCUGGGCAUGGCGGUGGGCACGGUGGUCAGCCAGGGCGCCUCGCCAAUCACCCCCUGGAUCUUCUCCAUCACAGCGGGCAUCUUUCUCUACGUGGCACUGGUGGACAUGCUGCCCGAGAUGCUGCGGCGAAGCUCCGGCGGGAGUAGGAAGGGGCCUGUGACAUAUUUCGCCCUCCAGAACCUGGGCUUUCUCCUGGGAGCGGCCAUCAUGCUGUGUAUCGCCCUCUUCGAAGGGCAGAUGAGCUUCCGUGUGGAUCUGUAACAUGGGGGCAGCCACACGGUUCGCCGAACUCGGACAGGACGGGGCCGAGGUUACGGGCACCCCCUGCCUCCUUCGCAGAGAACUAGGACCCCUGGACUCUCUUCCUGCUGACGGCGGGUGUGGGACACCCAGGGCAGCCCCCCACUUUUUGCUCCACAUCCCCCGGGGGCAAGCGUGGGUCGUGA